GAGAUAUAGGUGAUUUGUAACUGCUUUGGAAAGAUGUAUGCAUGUAAAGAUCGCACGUUCUAUGUAAACAGUGGAAAUCUUAUGAUCGUUUAAUGUCAUUGAAAGACAAAGUCUGCGUCGUGACAGGAGCUACACGGGGCAUCGGCCGCGGGAUCGCCUUGCAGCUAGGCGCACAAGGUGCCACCGUCUACGUCACCGGAAGGACCCUCAAAGCCAAGGAUGAUGCCCAAUUUCCGGGUUCCCUCGAACAAACGUGUGAGGAGAUCGAAUCCAGGGGAGGCAAAUGCAUCCCUGUACAAUGUGAUCACAAGAUCGACGACGAUGUUAAGAAAUUGUUUGAAAAGGUUGCUCGGGAACAGAAUAACCGUUUAGAUGUUCUCGUUAACAACGCGUUCUCGGCAUUCAGCGCAUGCGUAGAUAACGUCAAAGUGCCUUUCUGGGAACUACCUGAUAAUAUCUAUGAUGAGCUGAAUCAAGUUGGUUUACGAAACCACUACCUAUGUUCGGUUCUAGCUGCUCGUCUGAUGGUACCCCGGAAGUCGGGACUGAUUAUUAACAUUUCCGGUCACGGGGGAAUGACGUAUACGUUAAACGUGCCGUACGGUAUCGGAAAAGAAGGCUGUGAUCGAAUGGCUGUUGACUGCGCACGAGAGUUGAGGGAGCAUAACGUCGCCUUCGUGUGUCUUUGGCCUUGCGUGGUUAAAACUGAGGGCUCACAAGCAAUCUUCAAGGAUCCGAAAUUGUCAGCCACCAUGGCUGUCGAGGCUGGUGUUAGUGAACAAAUUCUGAGAGACAACUACAAAUACGGGGAGUCGGUAGAGUACGUCGGAAUGUGCGUCGUCCAACUCGCAAAUGACACAAAUAUCAUGAAAAUGAGCGGGAAAGUGCACAUAACCUCAGACCUCGGGGACCACUAUGGGUUUAGGGAUGAUGAUGGCCAUAAGCCUAUAAACAUACGCCGAAUAAACUGUCUGCUGAAAUUCGCGCCAUCUUGGAUUUCCUGGGUGUCAAAUUUUGUUCCAGACUUUGUUAAAAUUCCGUCAUGGCUUAUGUCAUUUGCUGGGCACAAAUUAAACUAAAAUUAUGCAAUGACUGACAAACCUGAAUAAGAAUGUAAGCAUGAAUGUAAUCGCCAGCUCUGGCAAUUAAAAUGUAUA